AAAUGCCAUCAACUAAAAUAUUGAAUUGAAUUGAAUUUUUCAAAUACAUCCAGGGUUUAGUAUUAUUUAUAUUUCAACGCACUAUAAGGAUUUAUAAAGUACCUAUAAACAUAAAUCUAGCAGCGUAAUUGUGUCAAUAACUUAAAAAUAAUAAUUACGGGACAAUGGAAGUUUUGGAAGAAGAAAAUCCACUGGAGACAUCAAUUAAGAUAAAUAAUUACAAUGGGGUUUAUAACACUAAAACUAAUUGCGCUGGGAGACCAUCAACAAGUAAAAGUAUUAAAUUUAGUGAGCAACCCAAGUCGAUAAUUUCAAAAAUGCUUUUAUCAGAACGACAGAUGAUAGACAAUUCAUCACCUGAAUCCAAACAUAAUUCUAUCCUAGAAAACUCCAUUCAAACUCAUGAACGAGGGUCUAUGAAAAAUAAAUGUAAAAAUGGUGAAGGUGUGAAAUUAUAUUCAUGUGCAGAAUGUUCAUAUUCAACCAAAGUCUCAUCAAAUUUGACUAAACACAAAAGAACACAUUCCCACCAAAAAUUAUAUCUAUGUGAUGAAUGUACAUUUAGUACAAAAUUUUCUAAUUCUCUUAAUGUACAUAAGCGCCUUCAUUCUGAUAAGAAACCAUUUAAUUGUCAGUAUUGUGAAUAUAGAUGUAAUAGUAGUUCUAAUUUAAAAAAACAUAAAAGUUAUAGACAUUCAGAUAAAUUAAAUAUGCUUAAAUCUCAAAAUUGAUAAAAUUUUCUACAUAAUAUUGAAGAUGCUUAUAUCAUAAGAAUAUAAUAUAUUUUAAGACAUUUUAAACUAGUCAAAUUGUGAUAUUAAGGUAAAUAAAAUAAGUCCAAAGGUAAAUAAAUAAAAAAAAUCUCCAAA